UCGAAUAUUAUUAAUUCUGUGAUAAACGUAAAAAAGAUAACAAGAAAAUGUCCAACGAUUGUAUUUUUAAACACACCAAAGAAGAUGCUUUCAAGGAUUUCUCUUUUUUCGACGAGAAGAGCAUACCAAUCGAACAAGCAAAGCCUCUUAUAUUGCAACCAUUAAAACCAACAUCUGCUAUUAUUAUAACAGGAUACAUUCCCGUUCAUGCGAUAAGAUUUGCAAUAAAUUUAAAUUGUAAACUGAACGGUAACAUAGCGUUGCAUUUCAAUCCAAGAAUAGAUAGAGGCUAUGUUGUAAGAAAUACAAAAAUGAAAGGUACCUGGGAACUUGAAGAAACUUGUUCUCCAGUUGGACCAUGCAAUUAUAUAUUUUGUCGAAACUCUUAUAUCCAUUUGACGAUAUUUUGCACGGAAGAUGCAUUUCAGAUAGCAGUCAAUGGUGAACAUUUUUGUGCCUUUACAUAUAGGUUUCCACUUAGCGAUAUUAGCUAUCUUCAAUGCGACGGACAUUUUGAAGAUAUAAAAUUCAAUCAAACAAAUCUUCAGGUUUAUCCCGACCCAAAGAUUUUUAAAUCUUCACCUCCGCUUGUUUUGACAGAAGACAACCCUCUCGUAGAAUUUCUUGAAGUUCCGAUCAAUGUAAGAAUCGGUUGUGAAUUCAAACUCGGUACCAAUUUAUUUAUCAGAGGAAGAUUAAAAUUACUUCCACAUUCAUUUUAUAUAAACUUACAAAAAGGGGAUACUAUUUAUCCUCAUCCAAUAAUCGCCUUGCAUGUAAAUCCACGUUUUCUUUACGGUAGUAAAGAACCUUUCGUUGUCAUGAAUUGUUGGGUAGAUGGUUGUUGGAGAAACGAGGAAAGACACGAAGGUCAUUUAGCUUGGAUGCCAGGCCGUGACUUUUUACUAACUAUACGCUGCGAGCAUGAAGGCUUUUCAAUAUGGUUGGGUAACAAAAUGGUAACCGAAUUUAAACACAGAUUAAAACCAUCCAUUAUUGAUACCUUACGAAUAUCAGGCGAUGUUGUUGUUCAUCAUCUGGCUAUCGAUCAUGUCAAAAAUAAAUGAAAUAAUGAAUAAUUUGAUUCAUAACUAUACUUGGAUAUAUCAUAAGUAUUAUUUCAAAGAAGAAAAAGAAAUCUGAACAAAAUAUUAAUCUCGGUUUCUUGUAUGAAACUUUUUCAAUGUUAACAUAAUAAUAAGGAAAGAAGAUCAUUCAAAGUUUUGUUUGAUAAACGUGAGAAACGUACUUACACGUGUAAUUAUUAAACAAUAAGCAUUACUUUGAGUUGAUUUUAUUAAACUCGUUGAUCAAGUUAUCAAAAAGUCUUCUUCUUCUUCUUCUUAUUCAAUUUUUGUAUUUCUUUGUAAUUAAUUCAC